AUGGCAACACUUCUCCCUCCACAGUCGAGAUUCGAGCCAAAACCGCCUCUACGACGGGCUGCUAGCGACGGUCCUAUCUAUACGACUCAUGAGCCAUCAUCACCUUUUCAGAUCCACAGCGACGAUACCGAUGGAGAGCAGCUGGCUGCAAAGUAUCAGAUGCUCGAGGAGCUGGGCAGUGGCUCGUUCGGAGUAGUCUACAAAGCCAUUGAGAAGUCUACGGGCGAGAUUGUUGCUGUGAAACAUGUCGACCUGGAAUCAUCGGAAGAAGACCUUAGCGACAUCCUCUCCGAGCUCGCCGUCCUCAGCUCCUGUGCCUCAACUCAUAUUACUAAAUACAAGUCGGCCUUUUUGCGCAAGCAGACGUUGUGGAUCGUGAUGGAAUACUUAGGAGGAGGAUCAUGUGCUGACUUAUUGAAACCGCCUCCUCACCACCUUCACGAAUCACAUAUCGCUAUCAUCUGUCGAGAACUUUUGCUGGGCUUGUCUUAUCUACAUGGCGAGGGCAAACUGCACCGCGAUAUUAAAGCUGCGAAUGUUCUCCUUGGUAUGGAUGGAAGAGUUAAACUUGCAGACUUCGGUGUGGCUGCUCAAUUGACUGGGUUGAAGAGCAUGCGCAAUACUUUCGUGGGCACGCCAUUCUGGAUGGCCCCAGAAGUCAUUCAACAGGAAGGUCACGAUGCGAGGGCAGAUGUCUGGUCGCUUGGCAUCACUGCUAUGGAGUUGGCUAAUGGUCAACCACCUCAUGCUAAUAUUCAUCCCAUGAAAGUCCUUUUCCAGAUACCCAAACAGCCAGCACCAAAAUUAGAAGGAGCUCAGUGGUCGAAGGAUUUCAGAGAUUUCGUCGCUUUGUGCUUGACAAAAGACCCUGACCAUCGUCCAACCGCGCGACAGAUGCUCAAGCACAGAUUCGUACGUCACGCUGGCAGGGUGGAAGGUCUUCAAGAACUCGUACAGAAGAAGCAGGAAUGGGAAUCCUCUAGGGGAGGAGAACGUAACUUGAAAUACUACGCUGAGACACUGAAACAGCUGAGAGUGCCGCAGGCUGAGCAGGCAGACGAGUGGCUGUUCGACACUGUAAGAGCUGCUCCUGUCAGACAACCAAGUGCAUCGUACACACAGAGAAGACGAAAGAGUCAGCGGACUUCAGCGGAGAUGAGCUUGUGCAGUGAAGCCACCACGAUGAUGGAGGAUAUGAGUAUCGACCAAACACCGACACGAAGGUCGUCCCAACAGUUCCCUGCCAACUCGUCCGUUCGUCGUUCGAGUACCAAGAAACGUAUAUCCAGCACGCAGCAGCAGCGUCCACCCCUUGGAAUCAACAUGUCUUUUGGCAAUAGCCCCUCAACUAUCCGACAAUUCAGGCGAGUGUCGCCCACUGUCAAUGCCGAGAACGAAGAUCCUCUCCAGUCCUGGUCGAUGAAGUCCUUGCCGACAGAUGAGGACGUAUACACCAGUACCCCGAUGAGUAUAGAUCAAGACUCGGCAGUUUCUACCUCUUCAAAUCUGUCUCGGUUUUCUUCACAAGCAAGUACGAUCAACAGUGAAAGCAAGGAGGCCAGCCUUGGCAAAGCACUUUACUCACAAGUAGUCGGAUUGUCAUGUCAAGAUGUGCUCAAUGAGACUGGUGAUCAAGCUCGAAGAGAAGCGGUAAGCAGGGUAGCUGAGGCAUUCUCCGACCUCGAAGCCGCGGACCCAGAAGGUCUCUAUCACAUCAUGAAAAGUAUAGUCGGCAGAAUGCAGGCUGACGAUAGGCUUAAGGAUAUGCUUCCAAAGCCGGCGGCCAUCUCAGCGGCCCAACACUCCGAGCUGGAGGAAGAUAUCGGCACCGUCCAGCGUACACCAUCUAAAGCACCAAGAUCGAAGCAGGUUUCCGAAACACGGAAUGGAUCGCCUACCAAGCUCGUGCUUGCUCAAAAUAAUCCUCACCUCAAGAGUCACAGACGUCGGCAGAGUACGCAAGUCAUGAGCAGAGAGAGCAGCCAGGUUUACUCACCAAAGCUGUCUGCGAAGGAUGUCGAAGAGAAACAAUUAGACAAGCUGAUUGAAGGUAGUGGGGUAUUGCCUCAUGUCUCCGCGAUGGAAUCGUGUAUGUACGAUCGGUGGCUCGAUGGUCUCAGAGUGCGCUGGCCGGCACUGUAA